GAUGAAUGAUAUUGGACUAUGGUGGGAUACCAGCUGCACAAGAAACUAUCAGGCAGUCUGCUCUGAUGUCAGAGGGCUGAAUGUGACAUUUGUCCUCACUGACAUUUCCAUGACCUGGACUGAGGCCCAGAGCUACUGCAGAGAACACCACACAGACCUGGCCAGUGUGAGAGACAUGACAGAGAACCAGAAGGUCCAGGAGCUGGUUCCAGCAGGAGGAUAUGUCUGGAUUGGCCUUUUCAGAGACUCCUGGAAGUGGUCCGAUGGAAGUAACUCCUCCUUCAGACACUGGUUGCCAGGGCAACCUGAUAACAGCAAGGGGACGGAGGCUUGUGCAGUAGCAGAUUUCAGGUCCUCUGGAAGAUGGGCGGACAUCAACUGUAACAACAGGAGAGCAUUCAUCUGCUAUGGUCCAGAAGUCUCAAAAACAAGUUCAAAGCAAGUGAUCAGACUGAGGCUGAAGAGCUCUGUGGAUCCCAAUGACCCUGCUGUGAUGGAGGCAAUGCUGAAGCAGAUCCAACAGAAACUGAAGGACCAGGGGCUGAAUGACGACGUCAGACUGAGCUUUAGGAAGCAGUCAGAUGGAAAAGUCUUCCACAAGGAGAAGAAGAAGACGGGGAGCAGAAAGGACGAGCUUUAAUUUAGAUUUGCUUUUAAUCAGAGAAAAGUGUGUUUCUUUCCUCAGAGUCCUCGUGUGAUGUGUGACAAUAGAGUUGCAACAAUUAGCAGAUUAAUUGACUCGUUGCAGCUGUUUUUAUAAUCUAAUCACCAUUUUAGUAAUUUUAAAAGCUCGAAUGUCAAAUAUCUGCUGGUUCCAGCUUCUCCAAUUUAAAGAUUUAAUGUUUUAAUUGGUCAUAUAUGCUCAUAAACUAAUAUUUACUUAUAUUUAGACAUGUUGGUUUAUUAAAACAAGACAUCUGUUUAGGCUGUGGGAAAUUAUAACCGGCAAUGUUUUAUUAUUUGUCACAGUUUAUACGAAAGAUAGUAUAAAUGAGAUCUGAUUGGAAUCAACUCCAGUGAAAAUACACCUUUAAACUUUAAUGUUGUGUGGAAUCAAUCAAAUUUACUUUCAUGAGUAAAAAACACAUUGCUUCAUUUGAGUGUAAUAUAUUGCAUUAAAACAUGCCAAACAGUUCUGGCUUUUCAAACAUGAGUAUUUAAUGCUUUUCUUUGUCAUAUA